AUACUAAUCUCUGUUUUGUGAGGACAUUUUUUGUUUUAGUUGACGAUCGGAGUAUGACGUCAGAAGCGAUGUUUUUUUUUUGUUGAAUUUUUGGUCUGCCGAGUGGGGGCGUAACAAUUUAGCUGCAAAUGAUUCUCAAUUUUGGGAAAAGUCAUCCUUCUGAUUGCGAUCAAUAUUUAGUAUUUCCAGACAAGCCCAAUGUUGUUGAACCGCCUUUUGUGAACGGUAUCGCAUCAUGCUUGAAAUUGUCGCUAUUUAUUGAAGUGCAGUCAGUCCGAUUGGUUGGUUAUACGCUACACUAAGUUCAACAACAGUGCUUUAAGUCAACAUGAGCGAUAUGUCCCAUCAAGAGUCCGUCAAGCCCGGGGAUUCAGCAAGCCAGACUGGCAAGAGCAGCACAAGCAGUACCUCCAGAGCUAGAGUCAAAGCAAUGGUGAAGAGAGCGGCCUUGGCAGCCCAGGCAGCAGCUCUCAACGAACAACAAGCUCUUGAACUGGAGGAGUUUAAGCUGAAGCAGAGAAGGAGUAAGCUUGAGCUACAGACAAGACUCAGCAUGGCAAAAGCUGAGGAAGAUGUUUUCUCCCAGCAUGGAGAGAGCAUGACUGCUGCUGUAGAUAAAGAUGUCUCCCAACAAAGAGGGGCCUUGACGACGGAGCCCAGCGUGGCUAUAGAUUUAGAGAAGGCUGUCUACCAGCUGAGACAGCCCCCACAGGUGCAACCUAACAGGGUCAGCACUACAGACAAGGACUUCUCCCAGCGUGGAGAGAGCAUGACUGCUGCUGCAGAUAAAGAUGUCUCUCAACGAAGAGGGGCCUUGACGACGGAGCCCAGCAUGGCCACAGAUUUAGAGAAGGGUGUCUACCAGCUGAGACAGCCCUCAGAGUUACAACCCAACAUGGUCAGCGCUACUGUAACAGACAAGGACUUCACCCAGCAUGGAGAGCCCUUGAAGUAUGAUACCACCACUAAUCAGAGUGAAACCACAGAACAGAAUGGCUCCAUAUUAACUGGGUCAGAAUCAAGUUACGGAAUCGCCAUAGGGGCCGGUAUGCGAUGUGUACUUCCCAUAGGUCCAGUGCAUGUUCAGGCAGCAGAUGGAGAUAGAUGUGUUCGGACCUACGCUCUACUGGACUCUGGUUCGACCACUUUCUUCUGCACAGAGGGCCUAGUAAGGAAAGUGUCAGCACAGGGGGAAGAGCGCAUACUUUCCAUAUCAACCUUGGACAAUCCUGAUGGAAGGAUCCAGACUCAAGUUGUGAGUUGUAUGGUCGAUACAGGUCUCAUGACAGAUACAGUGAAACUUCAGAAGGUUUUCACGAACAGGAAGACCGACAUAUGCAGCAACCACAUGGCCAGUAUGCGAGACUUAGAAGGAUGGCAGCACUUAGGGGGGCUGGAUCUACCAUUUGCCUGCGGACAAGAAGUGGGACUCCUGAUAGGGCAAGAUACGCCAUUUGCUCUGAUGCCCUUAGAAGUUCGUAGAGGAAAGGGAGAAGAUGAGCUGUUUGCUAUACGUACUGUACUUGGAUGGUCUUUGCAUGGCCCUGCUGCUGCUGCUAUUCCAGACAAUAAAGGAAUGUCGGUGAAGGACAGAAAGGCACUUGACAUACAGAAUGAAGGGAAGUGCAAAGAGAUGGAACAGUACCAGUUUCACAUACCCUUCAAGGAAAAACGACCUACAUGUAGCUUGACAGACAACCGAUGGGUAGCAGAACAGAGGUUGCGGAGUCUCAGAAGGAAGCUAGGUAGAGAUCACGCUCUGCACUACAAGUACACUGAAGGUUAUGCCGAGGUGGUGGAAGAGCAAGAUUGUCAACCAGGUGAUGUAACAUGUCGAUACCUCCCUCAUCAUUCAGGUUUACGAUUUGGUACUGGUGGUCGACGAGCAGCCACACCGCAAUGUUUGGCCUUUGGGAAGAGUCCUUCAGACAUGGCCAGAAGAGAAAGGCUUCGAUCGACAGUGUGAAGUGAAGACCUGAACCAGCGUACUGAGGGGAGACCAGUUACAAAGCUCUAUUUGAUUUGGAGGCAGAUUCUUGAAGACAUUUCUGUGUUUCUAAGAUGAGGGGUCAAGCCUAGCGCUGUCCCGUGCCAAUUGUAGAGGUAUUCGUGUUUUGUGUUCUUAAAACCAGAAAGCGGAACUGACAUCGAUCCUUUUUCGCGUAUUAGAGUAACAUUGAUCAGUCGAGAAAUUGAGGAAUUUUUUGUGCUUCAACAUCAUGGACAAAGUGUCAACAUUUGAGCAACUUUCAGAGAAUGUCAAAGAACAAGAUUUUAGACGAAAAUGGAUUAUACCAUUAUGCAGGACUGACAUGGUGUAAUUUAUGUUUGCACGAUAUUGGAAAGUAACGUUUUUGUUUUUCAACCUUCUAAACAAUCUCUCUAUUCAUUAGAAAUGGUAAAUGUGAUUUUCCUUCAUAUUCAUAUGAUGAAUGCAUUUGUAUAUAUGUAUUCUAUAUUAGGUUCAUUUCCAGAGGAGAAAGCUUAAAGUUGCAGAAUACAUUCAAUUCAGUUAUACGUGUUGAUGAUAUGUCAUUUAUUACUGUUUCCAUGACAACCAAAUUACAUGGCGUUGGCUAUUUGGUAGAAUAUGUAAUACCAGAAUCGAUAAUGUCAUAUAUGCAGAUUGUGUAUAGAAAGAUUGAAAUGGUAUAUGCAGAUGAUGUAUUUGUCUAUGUAGGGACUUGGAAGUUUCGACUUGGAAAAUUUAUAUUUUCUAGCAGAUAAUGUCUUGUGAAGUUAUAUUUCGGUACAACAACAUGACUCUAUGUGUACUGGAAUUGGUAUGUGAAUUCAAUUCAGUUUUAAACAGUAUCUGUGAAAUCGUACAUAGUGUUGAUUACAGAAUCAAUAUUUCCCUUUAUUGGGUGACACAUAACAAGAUUUCUUUUUUAGUUUGUAUGGGAUUGAAAGAAGUGGUUGUAGUGGUAACAGUUGCCAACAGAGAUUUUUUAGAGUGAAAUUUUGGUUUUCAUAUUUUAAUGUGGGAAUUUAUAAAGUUAAUUUAUUGAAGCAUGUUAUACAUUGAUACAGGUAGUAAGGCAACCAACUUUGUUGUAAGUUUAUUUGAAAAGGAAAUUGUAGUCCUUUUUGGUGUUGUAACAAGGAAAUCUAGACAUGAACAACUUUUUUCUUUUUCGUUUGCAAAGAAAGUUGUUUGGUUGCUUAGGUGUUCAUGAAAAUUAAUGUAAAUUAGAUUACCGGUAUUUGUUAAUUGGUGCAUGAAGGCAUUCAGUAUAGAUAGCUAUGUUUUAAAUUUUGGGAUUCCUUUGGAAUUUUGGAUAAAGUAUAUACCUGUAAGUCCAGGUUGAGAAUAAGAAGAGAUUAGAGAAGUAAAUGUUCAGUAAAAUCUUCACAUUUAGGGGCCGGAAUGUAAGAUACUAAUCUCUGUUUUGUGAGGACAUUUUUUGUUUCAGUUGACGAUCGGAGUAUGACGUCAGAAGCGAUGUUUUUUUUUUGUUGAAUUUUUGGUCUGCCGAGUGGGGGCGUAACAAUUUAGCUGCAAAUGAUUCUCAAUUUUGGGAAAAGUCAUCCUUCUGAUUGCGAUCAAUAUUUAGUAUUUCCAGACAAGCCCAAUGUUGUGAGUAUAAUUUGAACAUAUGAUGUUGAUAAUUGAUAACUAGCCGUCAGUUUGAGUUGGGUGUUGGUUUUAUACAGUUCAUAGUUUUCAGAUAAUUUGAUGUAUAAAUUUGUUAUGAAAGUGAUUCGUACGCACAGUAACUUUUAUGAUGCAUUACACGUGCAGUUACAUAAUACCGUGUAUGUGUGUAGUGCUAUGGGGAUAGUCUGUUGUACAGACCGUGUUGUGUUAUUUUAAUAUCAUUUAUAUAUAGGCAGUUUUAUAAAGUGACAGAAUGAAGAUAAAUUCUGGUUACUGUAGACAUGUAUGUAAAGAGGAAUUUAGGGUAAUAUGUGUAGAGCCAAAAGGGUUAUUGUUUUAUCAUGCACACAAAUACAAUAGAGAACAAAGG